GUUUCAAAAACCAAGCUGAUAAGACAGGACUAACACAAGUAAGGUGACCAUCCAAAGACCCUCCAUGCCCCGGGACACAGGAAGGACUCUCUCCAUGGCCAUUGCUGGUUUCUGGAUUUGGGCCCUAUCUGUCCCAUUACUUGUGGUCAAUGCAACAUCUCCUCCUAUACCUCCUUCACCUUGUGGACCUCCAGGACCCCCAGGGCCCCCAGGACCCCCAGGACCUCCAGGACUUCCCGGUCCACCAGGAUUACGAGGUCUUUCAGGGCCAACUGGACCCAUUGGGCCACCUGGACAGGUGGUCAAGUGCCCACAAUCCGCCUUUUAUGUGAAACAGAGUGGACCCUUCCCCAAGUCCUCGAAGCCCAUUGUCUUCCAAGAGGCUCUGUAUAACCAUCCGGGCCACUUUGACCCGGCCACUGGAGUGUUCACCUGCACCAUCCGUGGUGUAUACAAGUUUGGCUUUGAUAUUGCACUGUCUGAGAAUGCGGUCAAGGUGAGCCUGAUCAGGAACAGCAAGCAGGUGAGGGACAAACGUGCAGAGGCCAAGAACAGCGAGGAGCAACUCUCAGGAAGUUUCAUCUUGCAGCUGGAGGAAGGGGACAAGGUCUGGCUGGAGUCCAAGCUGGACAAAGGGCAAUCUCCACAAGGGACUACUCAAACUAUGUUCUAUGGGUUUCUCAUCAGCAGUAAUCCAAGCCUGGAAUAACAGUGUGCUUUUCUUCCUUAAGUCGCUCUGAAUUUAAGAGGCAGUGUGAAUGGUAGGGGCAGGGAUGGGUGGGGGCGGGAAGCUUUUCAUCUCAAAUAUUUCCAUGAGCACCGCUGGAUAAUGCAUACUUUGCAACCUUGAGAAUAACCUAGUUGAUAGAACACUGAUCACUGACACCAAUAAAGACAAUGAAAUCAA